UACCAGACUGGGAGCGCUGGGGUGUGGACUACCCGGCCCGCGUGGGCACCAUUCAGUCACCCAUCAACAUUAACACAGCCAGGACCAUCUUUAGCCCCCAGCUGUGGCUGAUCCAGCUCUCUGGCUACAGCCUGCAUGAGAAGCUCAAGUUGAGGAACAGAGGGUACACAGUUGUCCUUGAGCUGCCUGAGUCACUGGCCAUCACCAGUGGUUAUGCCCAGCAGUACCAAGCUGUGCAGCUGCACCUGCACUGGGGCUCCCUGUUGGGAUCCGGCUCCGAGCACAUGGUCAAUGGGCACUGCUUUGCUGUGGAGAUCCAUGUGGUCCAUUACACCACCAAGUAUGACAGCUAAGCAAUGGUCCACCUGGAUGGUCUGGCUGUACUGGGAGCUUUCCUGGAGGUUGGGCCAAGGGAGAACCCAUACUAUCAGAAAAUACUUGAGCAUCUGUACAAAAUCCAAAGAGAAGGCAAGGAAGUCUUGGUGCCUAGAUUCAACAUCACAGGCCUGCUGCCUGCCAACCUGAAACUCUACUUCCACUACAGUGGCUCUCUGACCACCCCUUCCUGCUACCAGAUGGUGAAGUGGACGGUCUUCAACCAGAGCAUGCUGCUCUCUCAUGACCAGAUCCCUCAGACAUACACCAUCUGUGUCAGUCCCCUGGGGCUUGCCUAG